CAGAUUAAUACGUCAGAUUAUUCUAUUUACUUUAGGUAAAUAUUACUAUUUGAGCACAUUAACCUAGUGCUACAACGAUUAAUCGAUUAACUUGAGUAUUCAAUUAGAAAAAAAUAUUUGAAUAAAAUUUUGUUGCUUCGAUUAUUCGUUUAAUUAAAGUGGCGUUGUAAUUGUUUAUUUUGAAAGUUUUCAUUUUGUUUUAUUGAUUAAGGUGGACACACUGCCCUCUGGUCUGUCUUAUUUCACAUGACUGAAUCCAACCGCUCCCUGUUAAGGCCAAUGUAAGCUAAGUUUUUGUUGGAGCUCAUGUUUUUUAGUGCAUUCGUAAAUUAGUUUAUAGAUAUAUUUAGCCGAUUUUUGGGUGGUAAUAUAUGUCUGAACAAUUUUUUAAGAGCAUUGUAUAGAAGAAAAAAAAAAUGUUAGCAUUUUAUAGCAUUUAAGCAAGCGGACUUUUCCUAUGUACGUUAGUCAAUCGUUCUUUUGUUGUACAUAGAUCCCCAUUUAUUGAUUUUUUUAUACUGUUUGAGGCUCAGCUCAGGUAUCUUAAUUUUUCAUGGUCCUUAUCCGAUUACUGAAUUUCGAACUAACUAGUCCAUCGAUUAAUCGACUACUAAAAUAAUCGAUAGCUGCAGCCCUACAUUAAACCCAUACAUCUAAAAGUUGGUAAUUUUUCCACUUAAAUCAAGAAAAACUUGCUUUCAAAUAAUGUUCUGAACAAUAUCUAUUCUUGAAUUAAGAACAUUUCUGCCAAACAAGAUUUUCUUUAAGAUUAAAUACUGUAUACUAAUUUAUUGCUUAAAAUUCACUUAUUUCUAGUAUAUUUACACUGAAAACAAGGCAAAUUCACAAAUUUUAAGAAGAUGUACUAUUUAAGGCAACGAAAAAAUAAGAAAAAACGUAUUCGUCAACGUCAAUUUUCAUCAACGUGAUUAGGACCCCGCUGAGCUAAGCGUUUAUAAACUGUCAGCCCUCUCCUGAAAACCAGGGACAAAUCGUAUGGCAACUUGUUCGGUUGUAAAAUAAAAACACUGGUAAAAAAAAACAAAAAAAAAUCAUGCAAGAAUAACAACAAAACCUACCCGCAACCUUCAGAAAAGUGGACGCCAUGUUUGAACGCCACUGACGGAACCAAUCCGAAAUGAGAUGUUUCCCACAGAGCCUAUUUAUGUGCGACGCACAAAUUCUCACAUGUGAGUUACGAUGGCUAACACAGACAAAUGGAGCACUUUGCAAGAGUGUAUAAGUAAACUCCACGUCAACACAGAGCAUCCAGAUAAUUUUCUAAGCCUUCAAGAUGCCGUGGCAACAGACUUUAUCUCUCUUACCAAAUCCCUUUAUGACCUCCACAAAGCCCAGGAGCCAGCGCACUAUCAAGCCAGCCCGUUGGUUCAGUUAGUGGUGGAAAACUUUGACGAAGAGCAAAUCUGGCAGGAGCUGGAGCUGCAGAACUCUGGUGUACUAAAACACUUUAGGAAAUCAGUUGAUGAUGCUUUGUCCGAUGAGACGUUGGCAGUACUGCUGGAGGAAGAGGAGAUGGAUGAAGGAACCUGCGAUGAGGAAGGAGAGCUUGAUAAAAAUAUGGAGGAAGAAGCCGAAGAGAGGCCUCAGAGUAGGUUUAAGAAAAUGCCUGAGUGUGGAGCAGAAGCUGACACGGAUGAAGACUCUAAUUUAGAUUUUGACGUGGACGCUCUGGAGAAGUGGGAGAAGCAAAAGAGGAAACCCACAGAGAAACAUUCCAAAAGGAAGGGCAUUCCCUCAGAAGUUGAUGACAAGUUCUUCAAGUUAUCUGAAAUGGAGUCAUUUCUUGAUGACAUGGACAAACAGGAAGGGAAGGAGCAGGAAGAUGAAAAUGACGUUGAUUAUUUUCAGGACAUUCCCUCUGACGAGGAUGACAAUAUUGACCUGGAGAUGUUUUUGAGAAAAAAGCCAAAGGAAAACACUGGAAAGAGCACCAGAGAUCUUAAAUACAAGGACUACUUUUAUGCUGUGGAAGGGACUGAUGCUGAUGCAGAUGAACAAUUGGAUAGUGAGGAUGAGGAAAAAGAUGGAGAGGACGAAGUAGAUGAUGAUGAUGAUUCUGGCAAGGACAUUGACAAUGAGGACACGAGCCAUAUAACCUCUCAAAAAAAGGUGACCUUUAACCUUUCUGGCGAUGAAGACAGUGAAGGGGAGGAAUUUGAGGACAUCUUUGGAGGAAAGGGCCAAAAUUCAAAUAAAUCUCAAUCCAAGUCAUCAUAUGAGAAAAAUCAAGAAAAGAUGUCACAGAAAAUUGAGGAGUUUGAGAAAGCCUCCCUUGCCGGAAAGUCAUGGCAGCUUUCUGGAGAGGUGACAGCGCAGUCCCGCCCAGAAAACAGCAUGCUUGAAGAAGAUUUGGACUAUGAGCAGGCAUCUCGGAAGGCUCCUGCAAUCACAGAAGAAACCACACUACAGCUUGAAGACAUCAUUAGACAAAGAAUUAAAGACCAGGCAUUUGAUGAUGUGGUUCGCAAGGAGAAGCCCAAAGAGGAGGUGUUUGAGUACAAAAAGAGACUAACAUUAGAUCAUGAGAAGAGCAAGCAGAGUCUAGCAGAAAUUUAUGAGCAGGAAUACAUCAAGCAGACACAGCAAAAGACAGAGGAGGAAGAAAACCCAGCCCAUGUUGAAAUACAAAAACUGAUGGACGCUCUCUUCUUAAAGCUGGAUGCCCUGUCGAACUUCCAUUUUACACCUAAACCAUCUGUCCCUGAGGUGAAGGUGGUUUCAAACCUGCCGUCCAUCACAAUGGAAGAGGUAACUCCAGUCACUGCCAGUGAUGCUACUCUACUUGCUCCAGAGGAAAUUAAGGAGAAAAACAAAGCCGGUGAUAUUUUGGGGGAUUCCGAGAAGACUUCAACAGACAAAAAGCGUGAAAGACGCCUUAAGAAAAAGGUGAAACAUUUCAAAAUCAAGGAGAAGGAAAAGAAACGGAAACUCAAGGAAGCAAGUGCAGCGGGUGAAAACAAAAGGCCCUCAAAGGCUCAAGUCAAAGAAGACCUGAAGAAACUCACUAAAGGAGGCAAGGCGACUAUACUCAAGGAUGACGGAAAGGACAAAGCUCUGCGCUCUUCUCAAGCCUUCUUUUCUCAGCUGCAGGACCAAGUGAAAAGUCAGAUCAAAAGUGCAAAAAGGCAGCCUACAAAAAAGAAACACAAAGACGUUUCUGCCAGCAAACUUAAAUUAUAAUUAGCAACUGAUUGUUUAUUGCAGUGGGUGAUAUUGUACAGAGGCCAUUUUUAUUACAAACUGUUAUCUUUGAAUCCUUGAAGAUGUUUUCGUUUUUCAUUAAAAAUGAAACAUUCAAAUGUGUUGAGCGUUUUAUGCCGUAAUAGAGGCUGCACUCGUGGCUUGUAUUUAUAGAGACAGAGGUAAACAAAUAAAGCCUGAUCUAGUUUGAA